AUGUUUGAUAACAAAAAAAUUUCAUUUUGUAAUUUAAGGCUUUAUACAUAUCAAACGAUAACGAGAAGUGAAGAAGUUAAUCAGUUAAUUACACCAAAUUUAAGGGCAGACCAUCAUAAUAUAAGUAGAAUUCCACAAAUAUCUGAUUAUAGAUUCGAAAAUUUUGAGAUAGAGAAGAUGGCUUUUGAAAAAUUCGGGAUGACUUUGGCGUUGAGCAGAAAAUCAGAGCCGAGAAUCGUGUCUGAAGCCUGUUCUGGACUCAAUUAA